CCAUGUGAGGACACGCCGUGACGGGUUGGUACAUGUAAUGGUAGUGAGUGCAGCCGGGCCGCAGGUUAUUACGCAAGAGAAGGAUUCAUCUCAUUCUGCACUGACAUCGACUGAGCACAAGCGGACGCGAAAUGUUCCAACUAUUUACUUGUAUAUAUGAGCUACUAGCUGAAAUAAUUAGUGCAGGUUUUGGACGUCGGGGCAACUACGAUCAAAGUAAUAGUUGGAUGGCUGAGAUGUCCGGGAUCGCUGUGUAUCUCACACUGCGGUUCACACACAGGACCGGUACGAGGUAACGACCAUGACAUUGUGAUGGCGCUUUCUCGCGUGGUGAGAUCGAAGCCGUCGCCUACGAAUAACAUCCGACAUCCUGCAUCGCGGCAACUGAUGCAGCCCCAAGGUAACCGUCUGGUUCAACGUGUGCCUUCGCGAUACCUUCGUCGAUGUACCAGCGUCGACCAAGCCAGCCAUGGCAAAACACCGUACACCGCCCGGUGCUCUGCUUGGCGAUCAGUAUCUUCUUCGUGUAUCAACAUGCACCGGAUUUCGGGUCCUAUAAAGGAGAGUGUUUGUGAGAAGAACUGUCAGAAAGCAAACCGCCACCUUCGAAAGCAGAUCAAGUUGACAGCUGAGAGUGGAAAGACGAAGAGCACAGCAAGCAGUCGAGUUCAACGAUCCGUUCAGACGCGAUCUUGUCCUUGAACAGCCUAGCCACCUACUGUACUCAACGACUUAUCGAGUUUAUUUGCCGUUUGUCUGCACCUCAACCUUGGCCUUCGACGUUCAGGAAAUGGGAGCAUCUCGCCAAGCCCAAGGCGCUAUGAGCCGCACAGGUCUGAGUGCAUCUGUGCGUGAGAGCAACAUGCUGUUGCGACUGCUGGCUGGAGCGUUGCUGCUAGCAACGGUCUCUGCUAGAGGUUUAAAUCACAUGACCGCCAGCACGGAGUGCAGGGGAGGCCAGUUCGGUACCAUGCCGGGGUUAAGCCAGGUCAUGUUUGGACUGGCGUUCCAAUACGAUGCGAACCACACGAACGGCAAGAUGCCGCUCAUUGACCGCACGCGACUUUUGAACUCGACGGUAGGCCCGAUGCUGGAGUACUACCUGUGGCCGAACUGGACCGAAGCGUUUACAAUCACGAUGAACGCUACAAGAAAGGUUGCGUUGGACUGGAAAAAGAACUCGUCUCAUGAAAAGGACAACUUCAACACCAUUGCACAAUACGGCCAGCUGUACAGGUACUUUAUGGAUCAUUACGGUGAUGAUGCACCGCAGCCGACACGAGGCGUUGUACUGAAGAGAGGAAUCGGCUAUGACCCUAAUCUAACCCAGGACUACAGGUGGGUGAACGACAACAUUUUCGGCCAGGAGCGUCUAAUGGGCAACAACCCUGUCCAGCUGCAAAGAGUUGUGGAUGGUGCUGAGGAGAGUGGGCGUGUAGCUGGACAGCCAAGUGUUGGUAUUACCUGGAAACAUCUUGCGUCAAUGUUGAAUACCACCUAUCUUGAUGUGGUUGAUGGAAAGUCUAAGUUUGAUCAAGCCAUCCAGGAAGCUACUGGGGACAUGAGUGACUCCAUUUCCAAGGCUAUAGCCCGUCAUCAGCUGUAUGUUCUGCAUUACCCGUUGCUGGCGGAGAUCGUCGGCGACGUCAAUGCUCCUGGUGCCUAUGCCAACCGAUUCAUGAUGGCGCCUAUCGCACUUUUCCUAUCCACCCAUGACGACUCCUAUCCGUUGAAGCCCGUCGCUAUCCAGUUAGGACACACUGCCUCGUCCUGGGUGUGCACCCCGCAAGGCAGCUCAUUCUUCUGGUGGACGGUUGCCAAGUUGUACGUGAACAACGCUGACGGUCUUGUUUCGCAGAUCGUCCACCAUCUGGUUAAUGCUCAUCUGAUCUCUGAGUCGUUUGCUGUUUCCAUGCACCGCAAGCUUCCCGAACAGCAUCCAGUGUACCAAAUUCUCAAGUUCCAUUUCGAGGGCCUUAUCCCGAUCAACACAAUGGGAUUUCAACUCCUGACGCCCGCCAACGGCAGCGUGUCGCAAAUUGCUGGCUUCGGUCACAAGGGUCUGUUGGAUCUGAUUGAAGUCGGUUACGAGCAUUGGACGUAUGAGAAGAUGGACUUUGAGCAAGACUUGGUGGUACGAGGUGUUGACAAUCAGGAGUUUCUCCAGAACUACUCGUUCCGUGAUGAUGGGCAGCUGGUACACGAUGUCAUCAAGCAAUGCGUCUCGGAUUAUGUUGAUCACUACUACUGCUCGGAGGAGGAUGUGAAGCGUGACAGUGCUCUGCAGGAAUACGUCCAGGAUUUGUACACCCAGCAUCCGAACAAGAGCAUGGUUCAAAGCCUCAACACUGUGGAUGACUUAAAAACUAUGCUGCGCCGCAUCAUCUACAUCAACUCGGUUCAUCACGCUGCCGUCAACUAUGCCGUGCGUGAGUUUGGCUCUUCCGUCGUCACUAUACCAUUCUCCACGUUCAAACGCCCUGAGGAGCUAGGAAACCUGUCGGCCAUUGUCACCGACACCAGCAAACUGGAUGCGCUCGUUCCGUAUUUCUUGGGCGAUUAUGAGCACGCAAGUCUCCAAGCUGAGACGGCAACACAGCUGGCAUCUCUGCGCUUCAGUGACCUCUUUGCCUAUGGUCCGAACAUGACUCACGCCAGUCAACCAGUCAAGGACAUGAUAUCACGCUGCCGCACUCUAUUAGUUGGCAACGGCACACCCAAAUCCCGGGCCACCGAGAUGAGUGUGGAGGGAGUCAUUGAGAGGAGAAACGCUAUCCGCAAGUCUAAGAACAUCAUGGAGUACGCUUACAUGAAGCCGUCAACGCUACCUAACAGCAUUGCCAUCUAAGUCGCCAGACACUGCC